AUGUAUCGAAUUAUCUCAAGACCGAAUCUUAUGACUGACCGACCUUUAACGCCUCAAGGAUUUUUGAAUUGCCCUCAUGGAACAUUGUUGAUGGAUGAAGGUGAGGAGGGUGCCGUGGAAGGAUGUUUGCUGAUGGAAAUUAUUAUUUUUAGGAUUCUUCGAAAGAACUCAUUAUCUGUGGAAAGCCGUCGCUUGCUCGUCAGUGGUAUAUUAAAAAAUGUAAUAAAACUAAGAUAUUGGAUUGCAACAGGUUUUAUUGGUGGUAGUCUUGCGGUAUCUAAUCGUUAUGAAGAAUGGAAACGUUCACUGCCAGAAAUUUCAUUACCGGAUUGGCUUAAAAUUGACGAAAGUCGAUUGGAAAAGAUUUCUGAAAAAUAUAAAAAAAUUGAAGCGAAUUUCUGGGAAAAAGAACGACGAUGGUUAGAUGUUUGGCAAGAACGCAUAAAUAGUUUUGAAAAUAUGUGGCAUCGUGGACCGAUUGAAGGUCUGAAUUUGUUCUUAUUGCUCGGCAAAAAUAGUACCGGAGUUCAGCAAAGUUAUAACUAUUUAUUAAUCAAUUAUUCAUUACAGUUAAGUGAGGAAGAAAGAAUUCAAAAACUUCAAGAUGAAAUGUUGAAAACCCAGAGUCAAUAUCAGCGUGAAUUAGAAGCGCUUGAGAAGGAGAAUAAAGUACUAAAACAGCGAUUAUUGCUCAAAGACCAAGGAGCAACUGUACGGCUUAAAAAAAUGAAGAGAUCAUUGAUUGAUAUGUAUUCCGAAGCCUUGGAUUUAUUAAAUGAAUAUGACUCUUCCUACAAUACUGCCGAUAAUCUUCCUCGUGUUGUUGUCGUCGGCGAUCAAAGUGCUGGUAAAACUUCCGUAUUGGAAAUGGUCGCUCGUGCGCGCAUUUUUCCUAGAGGUUCUGGUGAAAUGAUGACUCGUGCACCUGUUAAGGUAACGUUAAGCGAAGGACCUUAUCAUGUGGCGCAGUUCAAAGACAGUAAUCGUGAAUUCGAUUUGACAAAGGAAUCUGAAUUAAAGCUUUUACGUAAUGAAAUCGAAAUUCGGAUGCGUAAUUCUGUUGAAGAAGGAAAAACAGUUUCAAAUGAAGUGAUUGCUCUUACUGUCAAAGGUCCAUCACUUCCUCGUAUGGUGCUUGUUGAUUUGCCUGGUGUAAUUUCGACAGUCACUGUCGAUAUGGCAAAAGAAACAAAAGACGAUAUUAUCCGAAUGUGCAAGAAUUAUAUGGAAAAUCCUAAUGCUAUAAUUUUGUGCAUUCAAGAUGGUUCGGUUGAUGCUGAACGAAGUAAUGUUACAGACUUAGUCAGCAGUAUCGAUCCACUUGGACAGAGGACUAUUCUUGUGUUAACUAAGGUUGAUUUGGCUGAGCAAAAUUAUGCAAAUCCUGAUCGAAUUAAAAAAAUUCUAGAAGGAAAAUUGUUCCCCAUGAAAGCACUCGGAUAUUUUGCUGUCGUGACUGGUAAGGGUUCAAAUGCAGAAAGCAUUGAAUCUAUUUUGAAAUAUGAAGAAGAAUUUUUCGCCAAUUCUAGACUUUUCAAAGAUGGUAUAUUAAAGCCAUCACAGAUGACUACUCGUAAUAUGUCUUUUGCUGUAUCUGAUUGCUUUUGGAGGAUGGUUAAGGAUUCUAUAGAGUCACAAGCGGACGCUUUUCGAGCCAAUCGUUUUAAUUUGGAAACUGAAUGGAAGAAUACUUUUCCCCGCAUACGAGAACUUGAUCGUGAUGAAUUAUUCGAAAAAGCAAAAGGAGAAAUUUUAGACGAAAUUGUCAAUUUAUCUCUUGUCCCUGCCGAUCAGUGGGAAAAUAUGCUGAAAAAACGCCUGUGGAACAUGGUUGCUGCCCACAUCUUUGAUCAAAUAUUUAUGCCAGCGUCUGCUGUAGAUAAUGCGGGUACAUUCAAUACAUUGAUCGACAUUAAAUUGAAACACUGGGUUGACAAAGAUCUCCCUCUUAAAUCAAUUCAGGCUGGUUGGGAAACUUUGGCAGAGGUUUUCAGGCAACAAGUGGAAUCAGGUAAACAUGGGCCAAACCAUGAUGUAUUGUUCGAUCGUUUGAAAAUGGCUGUACUUGAUGCAUCUCUGGGCGAACAUCAGUGGGAUAACAAGGCUCUCGAUUAUUUGCGUGUGAUACAGCUGAAUGCUAUGGAAGAUAGAUUGAUACCGAACAAACGCGCAUGGGAUAAAGCGGCGGAAUUCAUGGCAAAAGCAGUAGAAGAUCGUCUUGAUGAGGCUCGUAAGGUUAUUGAUGAGAGUCAUGGUCCUGGUUUCUGGUCAAAAUGGUUCUAUUGGCAGUCACCUACUCAUGAACAUAUAAUUUCUUAUGAAGUGCAAUCUGAAUUGAAACAGUUGUUGGUUCAGAAUCCUGAUCAUGCCCCAUCCUUGUUAGAUGACGAUUUAACUGUCGUGAGAAGGAAUCUGGAAGCGAAAGGUUUUGAUGUAUCAGUAGAUACUGUACGGAAGCACUGGAAGCUGAUAUUCAGAGAAAAUUUUCUGGAACGGCAGCUCCUAGCCGCGCGUGAGUGCCAAGGAUUAUAUCAACAUUAUAAAGCUGGAUUUAAUGAAUCGGUUGUCGAUUGUCAAGCUGUUAUUCUUUUUUAUCGUAUCGAUAAAAUGCUGAAUUUAACAUGUAAUGCGCUAAGGCAACAAAUUACCAAUACUGAGCAAAGACGUAUUGAAAAGGAGAUCAAAGAUGUGCUAGAUGAUUGGUCUCACGAUAAUGAAAAGAAAAAAAUGUAUCUUACGGGAAGGCGAGUUGAAUUAGCGGAAGAAUUGAAACAAGUGCGUCAUAUCCAGGAGAAGUUAGAACAAUUUAUGACACAGCUUCAACAAGAAAAAUCAUAA